CUUGAGGCGGGAGCGGCGAGACGAGCCAUUACUUGCCGACUGCACCGAGCCCGCAGCCAUGUCCGCGGGGUUCUCCUUCGGGAGCAGCACGCUGGGCUCCUCCACCAUGGCCGACAGUGGGAGCGGCAUGGGCGGCGGCUUCUCCUUCGGGACUGCGGCCAGUCCUUCUGUGGGGCUCAGUUUUGGGAGUCUCGGGAGCGCGGCGACUCCAGUGACAACAUCUGCUCCUUCUGGUGGUUUUGGAACCGGGCUCUUUGGAUCUAAACCUGCCACUGGGUUCACUCUAGGAGGAACGAACACAGGCCCGCCGGCCACCACGUCUGCGUCCACGGCAGGCUUCAGCUUAGGCUUCAGUAAACCUGCGGCGUCUGCCACACCGUUUGCGCUGCCCGCCACGCCUGCCUCGGCUGGCGGUCUCACACUCUCGUCCGCUCUGACGUCUACUCCUGCAGGACUUGGACAAAAUGCUUUAGGUCUGUCUCUGGGAACUGCAGCAGCUACUUCAGCUGCUGGAAAUGAAGGCCUUGGAGGUAUAGAUUUUAGCAGCUCAUCGGAUAAAAAGAGUGAUAAAACAGGAACAAGACCAGAGGAUAGUAAAGCACUGAAGGAUGAGAUUCUACCUUCUGUCAUUUGCCAGAACGUGGACAACCUGCAGAAAUUUGUGAAGGAACAAAAACAAGUCCAAGAAGAAAUUAGUAGAAUGUCUUCAAAAGCAACACUUAAAGUGCAGGAAGAUACUAAAGCUCUGAAGCAGCUUUUGUCAUUGGCUGCCAGUGGAUUACAGAGGAACACUCUCAAUAUUGACAAAUUGAAAAUAGAAACUGCUCAGGAGUUUAAAAAUGCUGAAAUAGCUUUAAGAACCCAGAAAACACCACCUGGACUCCAACAUGAAAACAUAGCCCCUGCUGACUACUUCAGAAUCCUGGUUCAGCAGUUUGAGGUGCAGCUCCAGUAGUACAGACAACAGAUUGAAGAACUGGAAAACCAUCUUGCCACCCAAGCGAACAAUUCACAUAUCACCCCUCAAGAUUUGUCAAUGGCUAUGCAGAAAAUUUAUCAAACAUUUGUAGCUUUAGCUGCAUAACUUCAGUCUAUUCAUGAAAAUGUGAAGGUGCUCAAAGAACAGUACCUCGGCUACAGAAAAAUGUUCUUGGGAGAUGCUGUGGAUGUGUUUGAAGCCAGGUGGGCAGAAGCCAAGAAGUGGCAGAAUGCCCCCAGGGUCACUACGGGACCCGCCCCUUUCAGCAGCACGCCAAGCAUGGCAGCCGUCGCCAUGGCUGCAACACUUACACAGCAGCAGCAGCCUGCUACAGGUCUGAAUGCAUUCAAGUUAUAGCUUCUUACUGUUAAAGUGCAGAGCGUUGAUGUGCAUUUUUAUGAGUCUUCCUCUUGUGUUAGCACUGAAGAAAUUUCUAUGAGUAGCUAUUCCAAUACAGUCUAAAAAUUUUGAUGGACACAAUUAUAAACAUAUACCUGAUAAAAAUGCAGGGUAGACUUAGCAAUAAUUAUACAUCAAUUAGAUACUGAAUAUUGUGAAUUAAUGUUAUUUGCUGUAUUGCUAUAAAUGCCCUUUAGAACAUGGUGUUUCACUACUGAAUUACAUUUAAGAGCAACAGAUUCUAAAAUUGUGACUGUAUUGUAUAUUGUUUUAAACUCAGAGAUAAACCAGCCAUAGGCUGCAAUUUUCGUACCUG